CCAUGGGCGACAUGUCCCGCAGCCUCCGUCCCCGACCCUGUUCAAAAGGGCGCACCCCCGCCCAAGGUGGUGCCCUGCCAUCUUCGCCCCGCCGUUUCCUCCUUCACCAGCGAUCACCAGCCUUCUCUUCUGCCUCGCCAUGAGCUCCAUUACCAAGACCACGCGAGCUGCCCCUGCUGCCGCCCCCCGAGCCAGGAAGAGGCGCGCUACUGCCCCAACCUUAGUCCAGCCCGAACCCGUACCCGAGCCCGUCAACGCCCCGAGCACUUCCGACCGUCCCGUCGCUACCGAGGCUCUUGUCGCCCCCCGAUCCAGGAAUAGCCGCGAUGCUACCCCAGCCCUGCUCGAGUCCCUCAACGACUCGACACCUUACGAUCCUCCCGUCGAAGAAUCGAGCGCUUCUGAUGCUCCCGUUGACACCGAUGAUCUCGCCACUCUCAGCCACGAGAUCGAUACCGCCAGCCUUGCGCUACCCGAUGCAGAUGCCGUCGAUCAAGUGCAACAGCCAGCCACCAAGGUGAAGAGGCUCCGUCGCCAGGCGGUUCCGAAGCCUGCUGGUGCCGUGAUUUUUCGUGGUCAUCCACUUCUCGAGCCCUAUCCUCAAACCAAUGCGGAUGGAACAGUGAACCCGAUCAUCGUUUUGGAUUCCUCUCAGCGACAGAUCCAGCGUACCCAACUUGGCCCGCUUCACAAAGUCACCAUCGGGAAAGACCAAAUCUUCUGCGAUGCUCGAGAGGCCAUUGCACUGUCCGACGAUCGAAAAUUUGAAGCAUACGACAGAAGUCGUGAUUCGGAAGACGAUAUUUCAACAAGGAACUCGAUCAAGAAAAAAUGGGGUGAUUCUCUCCAUUUUGUUCGAGCUGUUUAUGUAAAGUUCGACGGCGAUAGGGCGAUUUACCCUUUCGUUGACGAUCGGGGUUUAAUGCAGAUAAUCAGUCGUGGGAAAGGUGUGCGUUGUAGAAAAUUGAGGGAAACACAUAAUGAGGACUUGAUCAAGGUUUAUGGGAGAGAUAUGAGGAUGCUUGCCCAAUUGCAAGCACGCUUUGACCUCCAAGAUCAGAGGGAUGACGUGAGCCAGAAUGAGGAUGCUAUUUUUUUGACUGGAGUGAAAUCCAGAGAAUAAACACGAAUCGUACCGAUCGAUAGCCUGUGUGCCGGGUGAACCGUACCGAUCGAUAGCCUGUGUGCCGGGCAAACCGUACCGAUGGAUAGCCUGUGUGCCGGGCAAACCGUACCGAUCGAUAGUCUGUGUGCCGGGCAAACCGUACCGAUGGAUAGCCUGUGUGCCGGGCAAAC